CAAGCAUCGGGAGUAUUUUUAGGACACUUCUCCAACAUUUUGCCAAUUUUAUACAAUAUUCAAAUUAUUUCAAUCAAGAUUGACGAGAUAAAUUGUUGAAGUUAGUAUCAUUGAAUGUUCUUGGAGCCAGGCGUCAAAAUCUAGCGCGCCUGAAUUGGAAGCCAUGCUUUAGUCAGGAAUCGGAUUACUAACUUUGACAUUUGAAUGUUGUCUACAAAUGAUCGACAACGAUGUUCUGUAUCGGGAAUCAGGACCAGGAAUACAGUUGCCGAAUCCUGCUCUUGGAUGAUACAGCCCUUACCAUUGAAGUUAAAGGGCCAUCAACGAAAGGCCAGGUGCUGCUCGAUAAAGUCAUCGAUCAUUUGAAUCUCUCUGAAAAAGAUUACUUCGGUCUGAGAUAUGUGGAUGAGGCUAACCAAACGCACUGGUUGGAUGCUUCAAAACCACUCAAGUCACAAGUGAAAGGUCCUCCACCAUUUGUUGUGUAUUUUGGUGUGAAGUUCUAUGCAGCUGAUCCAUGCAAGUUACGAGAAGAAAUUACUAGGUAUCAGUUCUUCCUUCAAGUGAAAAAGGACAUCCACCAGGGCAGGAUUCCUGUGACGUUUGACCAGGCAGCCGAGUUGUCAGCCUUAGCUAUUCAAUCUGAUUUAGGAGAUUAUGAUGUACGACGACAUUCAUAUGGAUAUGUGUCCGAGUUUCGCUUUGUGCCAAAUCAAACGGAAGAAUUAGAAGAACGCAUUGCGAAAUUACAUAGGCAAAUUGUAGGUCUUGUUCCAUCUGUAGCAGAAUACAACUACCUGGACCGAGUGAAAUGGAUCGAUAUGUACGGAGUCGACCUCCAUCCUGUAACGGGGGAUGGCAAUGUAGAGUAUUACCUUGGUUUGACCCCAACUGGAGUUGUUAUUUACAAAAACAAAUCAAAGAUAGGAAAUUAUUUCUGGCCCCGAAUAGUGCGGAUAAUGUUCAAAGGAAAACAGUUUAUGAUACGAGUUAGGGAUAAAAAUAAUGACGAAAAUACUCACACGUUUAACCUGCCCAACAAACAGGGAUGCAAGCAUUUAUGGAAGUGUUGUGUAGAACAUCAUGCAUUCUUCAGGUUAAGUCAUGUUACUGAUGGUGCUGGAGGGAAACUCUUCAACCUCGGUUCAAAGUAUAGAUACAGUGGUCGAACAGAAAAGCAGACGAUCAGGGACAAAGACAAACGAAGUGAACCACAGGUGAUACGAACACCGAGCAAGAGACAACAGAGACGAAGUGGAGAUAGUCUUCCUGAUGGUAAUACCUCUCAAGUUACAUGUACAUACAGCUGUAAUUCUGAGUCCGCACCUGCACUGAAAGUUGUCACUCCAGCACAAACGUCUUCCAAGUCACCUUAUCAUGAUCAGUCCCCUCGCAGUACUCGCUCUGCUCCAUGGGAGAUGAAUGAGGAAGCAUCUGGUGGUCUAUACACAACAAAAGGUACAUCCCCCUUAUCGUUUCGAAGUGAUAAAAUCAAGUUUCCUGCCCCAAGGAGAAUUCCGUCCUCCGGUAGUGAGAGUGAUGUGAGAAGACGACAACAUCGGAGUCGAAAGGGAAGUGGUGACUCGGAUACGAUGGAACAAGGCCGGAGAAGGAGAACUAGAUCUCGUGGUGAGAAUGGGGACAGUCACUCCUCAAGACAUCGAAGUCGUCAUCAUCGAUCUCAAGAGAUGGUCAGCUCUGAAGCUCAGUGGCAUGAGGUGCAGAAGAGACAGAAAGAAAAUGGCACCACAGGGACCCAGGAUGCUGUAGUGAAAGAUUUGAAAAACCCUGAUGGGUCCAUGCGUUCCCUUCAUUCUAACCACUCGGAAGCCAGCCAACAUAAGAGAAAGCAACGACGGAGAAGUCGGUCCCCGAGGGUUAAACCACCAGAAGAGCUCCGGCAGCAUUUCCAGUACGGUCUUGUUGAUCCAACUGUUCUGACAGAAGACCAACGGAGGGAUAUUCCUUACAUGGAAAUCGAGACAAAAGCCGAGCCGCACAAAGGGAGACAGUCGCCUCAUGCAAGGUAUCGAAGACGGUCACCAUAUAGGAAGAGUCAGGGUGAAGAAAUGGAGAAAGGCUUAAAAGUCUCUGGCACACAGGACGAGAACCGUCCACCCACCCCUGAUCAGCCAUCUCGGAAUGUAACGCAGCAGAAAGAUAAUCGCUCAAGUCGGCCAACCAGUCAAUACAGCGACUCUAACUACCAUCAAACAGAUCGACCUGAGCUGAAUGUGCGGCCAGCUGCCUCUGUGUACAAACAAGAGUUUCACAGUGCACCCAUAGUAAAAACAAAGCCGGUUGCAGUGUUCAUGGUACUGGCCCCAGAAACUUUACCUGGCCUGACCAUGUCUGACAAUCUCCUUGAUCCAAAAUGGCUCUGUAUGCCAACUGAGGACCAGGGACCUGUAAAAAACGGUGUUCAUUUAAGAGAAGAUUCAGGGAUCUGUAAUGACCAGGACUCCUACUCUGGCUCUGUUAGGUCAGAUAACAACAAGCCUUUGCCUCUGCAUGUGCCUGUUCCUGUCCGGAAAACCCUCGAUAGCAGACCUUUAUAUUACCAAGGAAUGCAGCCAGAUAGAUACUUAGCAAACAAGUCCAAUACCUUCUAUGAGGGUCCAAGGCCACCACCACCACCUAACAGACCAGGGACAAGGGAAUCCUCACCGGCUUACUCAACAAAACCACUAAAUCAGGUCACCAACAACCAGAGACCACUUGGUGCUGAGGAGAGACGAAAGUCACCUCAUGGCCCCGGAAAUGCCAAUAGGACUAGCCACAGUCGAAGUGCGUCUCCACCUUCAGAUGUUAGCAGAUCUUUUCAAUUGCCUGUCAGUACAGAGCUGUGAUAACUGCUAGUGAGAAGUGGAACCUGUUUUCACAGGGAUUAACUGACGAUCAACUCUGAGAUCUGUAUUUUCUUUUACAAAUAUGAACAUCGAAAGAGUGUGGUGUGGACAAUAUUGCCCUUGUGACCACUGUGACGUUGCACAGGUAAUUGCUAUUUAAAGUAAGAUUCAUUUAGUCAUAGCUUGUGACUAAGUCACCAUUGAUAUCAAAUGUUUAAUUGUAGUCAAUAGGUUUUUCAAUGCACACGAAAUUGUGUAAAUAUUAUAUAACUGUGCCUCCUGUAUCAAAAAUAUGAUGAAAAAGUGUGCAUGUGUAUAAUGUUUUACUGUACAUAGAUAAUUUCCAGCUUCUAAGCUGGUAUGGUGUAUAUAGUUUUCUAGAAGUUGUUCUGUUUUUCUUUGUAUGUAAACGACUGCAACAUGGUUGCAUUAAUUCUGAUUAGUUCAUAGGUCAGACUGAGAAGGUGCUUAUUAUUAUUGUCAGGUAUGAAUGAGUAGCAUAAUGCUAGUGUUAACUGUUGCUACAUUAUAUUUAUGGAAAAAAAUAAUGGCUUGGCCAAUAGGCCUUGUUACAAAAUUUGGCCUGAAUAAUGACCAUAUGUUGAGUAUAUGUCAGGUAUUUACUUCUCUCCUGUUAAAAAAAGGUCAGAAAGGUCUACAAAAAGUAAACUGAAUUUAGAUCUCUGCAGUGUACAUGUUUCUUGCUUGCACAUGACCAUGUAGCAGUGGAGUCUUGAAUAUCGAUGUUAAAAUGUUUAUGUAGUAUGUGUGAGUAAUGAGUUAAGUUGAUAUCAGUCCGGGAGAACAGGGAAAUCUUUUGUUUACAUAUUCUUCACUACCGGUGCAUCAGUAAACCUUCCAAAACUAUUGCCAUAGAAACCGUCAACACAUUGAUUCCAUCCUCUGCCUGUUACCAUGGCAACAUAGAUGAUAGAUAUCCCCUCCAGUGCUUUCAUUCUCAAUGCUCGUCCACUCUGUGCAGGCUAUGGUGCGUCUUCCCCUUGCAUAUCGGUACUUGUGUUGUUUCAUAUUACGUUGUGAAGAGGUUCUUACCUCCAUGGUUGUUUCUUUGGUACAUUUAGUGUGAACAUAUGAGAAUGAUGCGUCUAGGAAUAGUAAAACAAGCAUUUCAAAUAAGAAUUGCCAUAUUCUUUUGUGACUUGUUUAUUUCAUGAAUCACUUUCAGAAUGAUGUUUAUGACUUCAUUGCAUUGAGUUACAUUGUAUCAUUUGGAAUCCAUGCAAAUCACAAGAACUCUGCUUGAUUUGAAAUUUGUGUAAAAUCUAAUUCUCGCCUUUAGUUGCUGAAUUCAAUUCUCUGACGACAAGAAAUCUCCAGGGUUUUUGGUAAUUUUUAUUAUAUCGAGUAUCGGCAGUAUUUUCUUUAGUUAGAUAUUCUCCUUAUCCAGCCACAGGCUUUACCGUCCCUGCACCUACUAAGGCUAUGAACUUUUUUAUGUAGCCGAAAGAAUUCUAUGCACUAUACAAUUAUUGUAAUUCAUUAUAAUAAAUUUAUUUAUU